GACGCCAUGACAGGUCACGUGAUGUAAAUUUUCGUCGGACAUGCGCGAUAUCGCUGAAUUUUUCAAGUGAUUUUGAAAUGAUAUUCAGUGCAAAAGUGUUCAGUGCCUAAGCCUAUCUGUGAUUUAAACAGUGUUAUUUAAAGACAGUGUAAUAAUUAGACUGUGUGGACUCAGUGCCUGGUGCCAUGCUGGUCUGUAGAACUAUUAGGUGCGGUAAUAGGGCAGACUUCGUCAAGUGAAAACUGCUGGACCAGGAGCAACGAUGGCGCACUAUCCUCAACCAGCAAACUUGGAGGCGGCGCUGCCGCUCCUCAACAGACCGGACCUUCGUCUCCGCCAGCAGCUCGGAGACCAGCUCACCGCCCUGGUGCGCAAGGAACCGGAGAUCACACAUGAGCUAGCCGCACAAAUCCUGGACUCCAUGGUAGCGUGGCUCAAUGGUGGUAAUUUUAAGGUGGCUCAGAAUGCCCUAGAGGUGCUGACGGCGUUGGCGGAGCGCAUGGGACCGGAGUUCUCACACUACGUGCCCACCGUGCUGCCGCAUGUUAUUGACAGAUUAGCAGAUACGAAGGAGGCAGUGCGCCACACGGCCCGGACGUGCGUGUCGUCGCUGGGCACGUCCCGCGCGGCGCAGGCCCGCGGCCUGCUGGCUCGCCUGGCGCCCGCGCUCGCCCACAAAGCUCCGCACGCCAGGGAGGAGGCGCUGCGCUGUAUACAGGCCUUGCUUGAGAACCACGGUGCGACUGAGCUCCAGUUGCGCGCGGCGGUGCCCAACCUGGCGGCGCUGGUGGGGGACCCCAGCGCGGCCGUCAGGGACGCCGCCAUGCAACUACUCGUCGACGUCUACAGACAUGUUGGUGAGAGACUAAGACAAGACUUGAAGAAGAAAGAGUUGCUGCCCGCACAGAAGUUCGCGCUGCUGGAACAGAAGUUUGACGAGGCUAGAGAAGCUGGACUUCUACUGCCUACUGCGACAGCGGGGGCGGACGAACCAGACUUCAUAUCCCGGACGGUGAAACGUACAAUGACGAUACCAACCUCAGCGCGGUCCCGAGACGGUGACAGCUCCGGAGCUUCCACGCCAGCGUGCGAGGCGCCGAAGCGUACAGUUCCCGGGCUGUACAGCCUGCCCUCCGCUAGUCGGAAGCCCCCGCCUGCCAAGAUGACCAGCGCGGCUAGUGUGUCGACGGCGACGCACGCGUCUGCGACGGGCGAGUCGGGCGCGGGCGCGGUGUCGUCGGAGGCGUUCGAGGCGGCCUUCCUGUCGUCGGCGCCGGCCGCCGUGUACGGCCCGCGCGGCCUCGACGACCUCUGUCGCCACGCCGCCGCGCUGCUCGGCGACCGCGCCGCCGACUGGGAGAAGAGGGUCGACGCUCUAAAAAAGAUCCGCUCCCUCCUGACUGCCAACGCCCACCAGCAGUACCCGACGGAGUUCGCGGCACAUCUCAAGGACCUGUCCGUGCCAUUCCUCGUCGUCAUCAAGGAUCUCAGGAGUCAGGUAGUACGCGAGGCGUGUAUAACGAUAGCGCACAUGGCCAAGGUUCUGCGCAACAAGAUCGACCAGUUCAGUCUCUACAUACUGCAAGAGCUCAUCAAUCUCAUACAGAAUGCCGCCAAGGUGGUGUCGUCAGCGGGCACGGUGUGCGUGCGGUACGUGGUGACGUACGUGCACUCGCCGCGACUACUGCCCGUCAUCGUCACCAACCUCACCACCAACAAGUCCAAGGAGAUCCGCUCCACGCUCAGUGAGGUCCUAGUGCUAAUGUUGGAGAAGUGGCCGGCGACGACGAUAGAGAAGCAGCAGGCCGCAGUGCGGGACGCGAUCCGCCGGGCCUGCGUCGACGCCGACAGUGGCUGCAGGACGUACGGACGGAGAGCGUACGCGGCCUACAAGCGUCACUUCCCAGACGACGCGGAGCAGUUGUUCGCCCGCCUGGACUCCGCCGCGCAGAAACAGAUCGAGCGGGAGCGGAACAUCGGCAGUCUGGACAGUCUGCAUCAUGUCGGCACUGAAAGGAGAGUUAUAACAAGUCCUAGAAGUCCAUCGGCGAGUGUAUCAGCGGAGCGCACCCCGGGCGGGGUGACGGCGCGCUCGGUGUCGGCGCUGGACGCGGCGGCCGCGCAGCGAGCGCGCGCGCGGGCCCUCUACUCGCACAUGGGACGCAACAAGGUGCCGCCCACCGCCAGCCUGCCGCGGGCCAAACGUUCGCCAGUAGCGGCUAGUGGAGUGCCGCCCAGUCCGGAACGGUCUGUCGGCCGGUCCCGGUCCAGACCCGGCGUCUCACAGUCACAACCGACAUCGCGAUCCUCGUCCCCAUCAUCCCGCAGUAGUGGCCCUCUAUCCCUGGCGAGCGCUCGACGUCGUCCGUCUGGUAUACCGCGCUCAUUGGCUGGGUCUAGGGAGACCAGCCCUACCAGGAGCGGGCGGUCCAGCAGCGUGGCGGGCGCCAGUGUCCGGCGGCGCGAGUCCAUGGAGCGCACCGCGCCGAGCCGCGCGCCCGCCGCCACGCUGCGCCUGCUGCAGCAGACCAGGGACGCAGAGGCCCUGCUCCGGAGUCCGGAAGACAGUUCAGCCUGCGAGGGAGGUCGUGGUCGGGAUGAUGACUCCGAGGCUUCCAGCGUCUGUUCAGAACGUAGCCUCGACUCUUAUAGAAGGCAUGAUUCAGUAUCAUGGUCCGGCUCCGCGUCCCGCCUCGGGUGGGAGUGUGGGUCCCCUCCCCCUCCCCCUCCGCCGGACGACAUCAUCGCGCUCUGCGCCUGUACGCACUGGACUGAACGGAAGGAUGGACUCACACAUUUGGCCAACUACCUGAACAGCGGGCGCCUGCUGACGGACGAGCAGCUCCGGCGCCUGACGGACUUGUUGAACAAGAUGUUCGUGGACGCUCACACCAAGGUCUUCUCGCUGCUGCUGGACGCCGUCUGCGAGCUCCUGCUGGUCCACUGGCAGCAGCUCAAGGAUUGGCUCUAUCAACUCAUGUUCAGGCUCCUAAUGAAGCUAGGCACGGAUAUCCUGGGCUCCGUGCAGAGUAAGAUCAUGAAGACAUUGGAUGUUAUACACGAGUGCUUCCCUGCCGAGCUACAACUGCAUAAUAUAUUCAGGUUCCUAGCAGACGGCGCGACAGCCCCGACCCCCAAAACGAAGGCGGCCGCGCUCCGGUUCCUGGCUGACCUCGCUCACGAUUACUGCACUCCUAACAGUCUCGCACUAGCUUUGCAUGGCGGCGCGACGGGCGUGGCGGGGCGCGCGCUGGUGAAGGUGUCGUCGCUGGCGGGCGACCCGCGCGCUGCGGACGUCCGGGUCAGUGCGCGCCGGGCACUCGCCUCGCUCUACGACUGUAACCCGGUACCCUUCACGGCGCUUAUGAGCGAGUUACCAGCAGAGACGCAGGCGCUAGUCAACGGAGUAGUACAACAACAUGUACGGAGGACGUCUAGCACAGGCUCGGACAGCCCGCUGCGGUCUGCGGGCGCGGGCGCGGGCGCGGGCGCGGCGGCCGACGACGUGUACUCGCGCAUCCGGAAGACUACCUCCGAGAUACACUCCUACACCGCGCAGCACAGCAACGGUACGUACUGGAACUUUAAACCUAUUUUACUUAUAAACGAGACGUUAAACCGCGCGGCGUCAGCAGACAGUUCUGAGGAGGCGAACAGUACGAAGGAGUCCUCGCCAGUACCCGCACAUCACAGACUCGACUUCCAUACCCACGGGGAGUUCAACUCUAGUCAACUGGGACGCGACAAGAUCCGCCCGUACGAGACCGACGAGAACGGAUACAUUAUUACUAAAUCGGGUCUGCGCGAGCCGGAGGUCCUGGAGGCGCUGUGCAAGCUGGACGUCGGCGCCGCCCCCCCCGAGCACUGGGAGCGACUACUGCUGGCCACCCACGAACUGCUCAAGUACGGCGACUGCAGGAAGCCCGCCGAGUACUUCAAGAACAUAGUACGAGUGGCGCUAGCGGCGUUGUCUAUAGAUGAAAAUUCAGGAGACAAAGAAAAUACUGAAAAUGCGAGCAACGCGCAGCAGACUUCAGGUUGGGGCACAGCAAACGAGCGUGCAGCGGCGGAAGCUGUAAAGGUCUUGAUCUGGCUCUGUAGGAGACCAGAGACCAGGCCUCAGUGGCAGGACUACUUCGACCUAAUACUCCUCAAGUUGAUACAUGCGUACGAGAGCCUCAACAAAGAAGUCAUGAGGGCUGUGGAGGCUGGGAUGCCGCAUAUUGCGAAUGCUUUACCAGCUCAACAGGUGCUGGCGCUGCUGAAGCCGGUGAUCCGGACGCGCGGGUACCCGACGUCGCUGUGCGCGCUGAAGCUGGCGGCCGAGGUGGCCAAGGCGCGCCCCCACGAACUGGCCGACGACACCGUGCAGCAACUCAUGGAGGGCGUCGGACAGUUGGCGGACCACCAGAACAGCGCGGUGCGUAAAGCGGCAGUGUUCUGUAUGGUGGCCUUCACCUUCGCACUGGGCGAGGAACGGAUGCAGCCACAUCUCAAACAUCUCUCCGUCAGCAAGUACAGGCUGCUACAGGUGUACAUCAGCAAGCAGCGCGAGGAGUCCCCCCGCGGGGGGGCCCCCCCUCCCCCCACGUAGCGCCGGCGCCGCCGCGCACACGUGCGCACGCGCAGCACGCAGACAUCGCACGCACACACCGACCUGUAGCACUACGUAAGCGACGCGAUGUAAUCAUUAUAUGUAGGGGUUUUAUUUACAGUUAAAUAGUAGUUACUCUAUGCAAACUAAGAAAAUGAUGAAAUAAAUAUUCAAAUCAAUCUAUUACAUUGGCUAAAAAUAACGACUACUCACGUAAAUAUUCUAAGAAAGCUCUACUAGUUUCCAGUCACAGAGGGAUAACAAUCCUAUACAAAUUUCCAUUUGAUUUUAUUUUAUUAAAGAUAUAUCGAUCUGUUACUUGCAGAACCCGUUAUAAAAUUCAGAAUUAAUUUAGUUGAAACGACAUCUCAAUCAAAUUUUAUUAUUUUUUUACUUAAACUGUCAAACACCAAGCGGUCACCGGUGACCGCGACCUAUUGUUCUAUAAUUGUGUCUAUAAUGACGGUGCUCGACGAGUUAAUAUAUACUUUCCUUUAAUAAUCGUAAUGGAGGUAGUUGCGGAAAUAAUUAGAUAAUAUUGUAUGGUCAUCAAGAUUAAGAGUGUGUACCAAAUAUCAGAUCGAUCUGUCGUCAGGAAGGGGGGGAAAUUACAAUUACUAAAGACCCAAAC